AUGAGCAGUAGCCACCUCUUACGCGCCCUGCGACGCACCUUGGGCCUGGGUCGUAGCCAGCUACCGGUCGAUGGCCGAAAUGUAAUACUCAUCACGGGCUGUGACUCGGGCUUGGGCCACUGCCUGGCUGUCUACUGCCACAAUGUGCUCUCCAUGACGGUCGUCUCCUGCUGCCACAACCUCAAGUCGGAUGGGGCCCGUUUGCUCCAGCAGUUGAGUUCGCAGGGCGACGAACGCAGGCGAAUGCACACCUUAGAGCUGGAUCUGCUGCAGCCGUGCUCCAUACGGCUGGUGCAUGACAGACUCCAGGACAUACUGGCAGAGGACACGAGCUACCAGCUGACGGCUCUCGUGAACAAUGCGGGCGUCAUGUGCUUCGGGGAGUUCGAGUGGCAGGUGCCCGAACAAAUUGAGAUGCAGAUCAACUGCAAUCUCCUGGGCACCAUGCGAUUGACGCGCCAGCUGUUGCCGCUGCUGAGGCAGCAGCGGGGAAGGAUCAUCAACGUGACCAGUCACUGUGGUCUGCAGGCCCUGCCGGCCCUCGCUCCCUACGCCGCCUCCAAGGCGGCCCUGCGCUUCUGGACCGACUCCCUGCGCAUAGAACUGCAGCAGUACGGCUUGGAGGUGGUCAACUUUAUACCGGGCUCCUUUGUGCUCGACAGCAACAUAGCGGCCCGGCAGCAGCAGCACGCCCAGCGGAUGCGUGAGGGCUUCAGCGCGGAGCAGCACGCCCACUACGACGUCUACUUUGAGCAGUUCAAUGGAUAUCUGAAGAUCGUGUCGGGCUACAAGGCGCCCAAUCAGCUGAAGGAUGAGGCGCUGCUGGCCAAGUUCCAGGAUGCCCUGACGAGCACACAACCAUCGGCGCUGUACAUACACGAGCCCUGGCGAUAUCGUGUGUAUCGCUGGCUCUUUUGGCUCUGCCCCACGCCUCUCGUUGACUGGCUAACCCUGCGCUUCUGUGCGAUGCCCACAUACGAAACAAGCGAGCAAAAGAUCGGGUAGUGUAGUUGG